AUGGGAGGUUCUGGAGCCACACCUAAUUCCUGGAAUUUCGAUGCCCAUUCGCGUCGUAGGGUACAUGAAUCACGAAGAAGAGAUGAUGAUUCCCAUGGAAGUGCUGUGUAUCGCGACAUGACUUCAACCUCCACUGGUUCUGAGAUGAGGCGAAGAGUUGUGUUGUGUGAUUGUGGUGUUGAAAGCCCACUGGUGACGACAUGGACUGGAGUGAAUCGUGGCAGAAGAUUCUACGGUUGUGGGCUAUUUGAGGUUCAUCGUAAUAAGAUCUGCAACUUCUUUCAAUGGCAUGAUGCUGAUGUCAAUGAUAGGGAGAAGAAGAUGAUCGUUGUCUUAACAAAGAAGAAUGAGGAGUUGAAGAAGAAAGAGAGAAUCUUGGUUGCUUGCUUGAUAAUGGCAUUGUUUCUGAACUUUGUGUUGUUUGUAGCUUAUGUAAGGAAGUAG